GGCUUCUUGUUACCUCCCAUACGAAAAGCCAAUACGACAUAGCAUUGGAAAUUGAACUCUUCGACAAAGUAAAGACAUUCGGUUACAUAGCUGAGAAGACAUUAGAUGGUUUCCAUUUAAUUCUCCAUAAAAACACUGCUAUUCUCUGGCCACGAUUGACAAAAGCUAAGAAAAUGCCGGUCGAUUAUCACCUCAUUUAUGGUAAUCAAGGUAAUAGCUUAUCGCAUUUCCAGCACUUACAGCAACCCACGACUUUACCACAAGUGGGUUGUAAAAAGUGCGCUGAACGCGCUAGUAAAUUCCCCCUUCUGUCGCUUCCUUCCCAUAUACUCAUACGCGUAAUUAAACAUGUUGAUGAGAAGAAUAUACUUCCUUUGUCAAGAGCUAGUAGACUUCUCAAUAGUCUUUGCGAUCCGAUCAUUUGGCACAAUUUCACAAUCCCAAUCAUUAGAUAUGACCAAGAGGUAUAUAAGAAGACGCGCAGGAUUGUCGAAGUCGAUAGGCUGCUCAAGUUUCUAACAUCUGAGAAAGCUAGGAAGUAUAUAAGAACACUCAAUUGGUGUAGAGGACGACUACAAAUACCCUCUAAAGGCUUCCAUACAUUCGUGAAUGCCCAGAUAGACGCUUUGGUGGAUAUUUCGAAAGCUGUUUCAGAAUUACCAAAUCUAAUAUCAUUGAAAUUAGAUAUGCGUAUGGAGAUAUCACCAGGUUAUAGAGUAGGCUUGACAAAUACUGAUUACUUUAAGCUAAAUCGCAAGACGAUGGCUGAAGACACCCUCCAAUCAAUACCAACGUCGUCUUCAAUUGGAGAAUUAAGCAUAGAAUGCUCACAAUUCUUGACUUUUAGUAGCAUAUUUCAAGAUAUAUCCAAACUUUCAUCAGUCGAACAGUUAAACGUCAAAACAUUGGGAGAGAUGAUGCCAAAUCUUGACAAAUUGACAUUCACCUAUGUUGGUAGAACAAUCGAAGAUGAUGAGCUAUAUGACGACUAUUGGCAGGCCUUUAGUGAUCUUAAAUGCAAUGAGUUAGUCAUGUGUUAUUACCCGCAAAUUCCUGAUUCGAAAUCGUUCGAUUAUAAAGUAGAUGACGGAACAGAACGUGUUUAUUUGAAGGAUUUUGAAGGUGAGUUUAGGUUAUUCACUACGGUUGUCACAAAUUAUAGCUUGACUAUGUUUCCUAUGUGAAAUUACUAAUUCAAUACUUC